AUGCCUUUCCUUGAUCACCUCACCACCUACAAGACCACAGCCUACAACACUCGAUAUCAACAAGGGAGGCGCCUAAGUGUUGGAGGGCUCAUCACUCCUAUCUUGUGUGCUGCUGGAGUGAACCCAACUGAUAAGAAAGCCACUGAACCAGGUUGGAUGGACAUCAAGUUUUGCAAGACCAACCUCCUCAUUGAGCACAAGGAGUUGGAUGGGAGGUUCCAAUUCAAGUUCACACAUCCAUUGGUUGGACCUUCCAAGUUUCUCCUGCCCAACCCUGAGCUUACCACAGUAGUCAGGGGUGAUAACAUUGACUUCAGACCCCCUGUAUACACAUUGGUUGGGCAAGAGAACGUUUUGCGAGAAGAGGAGCCUGAACUCGAUCGAGCUGAGGGUCGAGCUGAGUCUCAAGCUGAGGAUCAAGUCCAGGAGAGUGCGGAUUUGGGUGAGCCUGAGUGCUAUUAUUUUGAGGAGUAUGAGGCUCCACCCCUCUGUUGUGGCUGCCCACAAGAGGAUUGGACUUCUCCAAAAGUUCAACAAAUGGCAAGGGAAGGCCAUUGA